AUGUCUACAUUCAAGUAUGCGCAACGUGCAGUCCGUGCUUCGGCACCACUGCUUCGUUCUUCGCCUACCAUCGCCAACCGCGGCAGUCAACGGUUGUUUCACGAGUCUAGCAAGGCAAAGGCCGUCGAAGCCAUAGCUACACAGACGCCUCUGAAUAAUAGCCCGCCUCCUCCCCCCAUGAUGGCCCAAUUGUUACAGCAACCUCAAGAGCUUCUCGCAGAGCCUUUCCCCCAGCCGGAGGGCUACACCCAGCUUAACGUCAGAGAGCAGGCAUAUAACCCGCGGUUCUACGAGACCGUCAGCAAGAUCAUGAAGCUUCGCGAGAAAUACCUCCGUGAUCGCUGCAUCUUCGUCGAGUCUGAUGAUAUGAUCGAUAUUGUGCUGGGCCUUGGCGCCAAGGAGGCCGACCUCCCUAAGAUGGAGAAGGUCUCAGACCAUCUGUAUCACGACCCUACUCUGCCUUUCCGCUUGUCUCGCAACAGCCGCUUCUGCCUUGAUUUUGAUACUCACACCAUACGCCGCCUGGAAUUCCAGCCCUUUGUCCUGACCGUUGAGGAGGACUUCAACCGCUACGACUCUGGAGCCAUUCGCCGCUUUGACGAGGUCGAAAACGAACUGCAGCUCAACUCCGUCUUCCAAGCGCUGUUCGCCUUCAAGGCUAUGAUUAUCCACGGCAUGCAGAUUGCCCACCGUCCCAAGCUGGAGUAUGGCAUCAACAAGUGGGUGUGCACCCUGUUUAACCUCCGCACUGUCACCACUCCCCACAUUUUGGGAGAGCCGGCACUGGAGGGUGUGCACUCUGAUGGUGUCGACCACACCAUGACAACCUUUUUGGGGAGCUACAACAUGUCGGACAACAGUGCCGCCACCUUUAUGCACGACAUGGAUGAGAAGACAGGCAUUCCCUUGGAAGAGAUUAAGCCCAAGCACUUGCUUGCACGGGUCCAGCACAAGAAAUUGCUUGAUACUCUCAUGAUUGUCGACCAUGAGCGUAAACACAGCCUGUCUGCAGUUUAUCCCGUCGACGAGACCAAGGAGGCUCAUCGCGACAUGCUUGUGUUUUUCACCCGCAAGCCUGUGGAGAGAACUCAUGUGUCUGGGUCCAUCGACUCUCUCAUACCACACAAAGACCUCCCCAUGGAGGUCCCUCUUUAUCUCCCUGGUUCCAACCAGUAA